UUUUUUUUUUCUUCGUUUCCUUUUUUUUUGCCUUUUUUUUUUCCUUUCUCACUGUUAUAUGCAAAUUACCUUUUCGUUCCUCCGUCCUCAUUCCUCUAUUGUAGAGUCAUCUUCACCGGCGCAUUAGAACAACAUGACUGAACGGAGUAGACGUGGAAGUAGAGGUGAUAGUGGUAGAAUACCACUCUUACUAAACAACACUACACAGGAUAAAAAGUCGGAAGGAAUCAAUGAAUUGAUGACAUUGUUUCAUGCUGCAUUUAUGCUGAUAGGUUUGGGUAUAAUCUCAAUAGGUGCCUAUGUCAUGAAUACAAAUAGCCUGACCGUUUCAACAAUGUUGUUUGUGACUGGAAGCAUCAUAACUAUAACAAGUUUCCUUGGAUGUUUUGGUUCUUAUAUGGAAUUGACAUCCUUCUUAAAUAUCUAUAACAGCAUCACAGCAAUUGCACUGGUUAUGGAGCUAAUUACAUUCGGAUUAAUUUACACACACAAGGCGAAAAUUGAGCUUUACGGUAGUUUGCUGUGGGAUUUCUUUCGGCAGCAAGACACACAAUUCAUUUUUGAGAUUGAGCAAACAUUUAAUUGUUGUGGAUAUGACUCUACAACCGAUCGCUCUAUACCCGAUAAAGCUUGCUCGAUAGCUUUAAACACAGAUAUUGCUUGUAAACAGUCAAUACGUUCAAACAUCCAGAAUUGGUAUCCAUGGAUAAUUAUAUUUGUAGCAGUAGAGUCAAUUGCUUUGCUUGUUUCCGUAUUGUUAACAUAUCUUGUUCAACGUGAACAAAAAGAAGAGAAGGCUUAUUUAUCAUUCCUAUUGCCAUCUACUGUUGUUCCUUCACCUGUCAUUAUAAGUCCGUCAGGAAACCAUUCAAGUUCUAAUCACUAUUAUCCGCCGCCAUUAUAUCAGCAGCACGAAGGCUCUUCUACUAUGAAUAAUAGCUAUAAUGGAUAUAGAAGACUAUCCAACUUGCAGAAGAAGCCUUCUGCACCUUCUGCAGAUAUACCAAGAUAUGGUAGUACACCUUCUACUUAUUUCAAUGCGCCAAGAGUAUGUUUAGUAUAACAACCUACUAUAUGCAUUAUUUAUAAAUAAAAUGUGUAGUAUUAUCAUAAAAGCUAGACCUAUCCUGCGAUCGAUAGAUCGUACCAAAACAUAUUAUUGAUUCGGCGACAUGCAUUCAAUUUCAAAAAAAAAAGGCACCUUUUUUUGGCCGAAAAAGAAUCAGUUAGUCUUUCAUUUGUGAUUAUAAUCAAAUAAAAAGUUUUUUAAAUUAUUGCCUG